AUGGACACCCUGUCCAUGAGCAGGCUGUCCUCCGGUAAUGUGGACAAGCAGGAGCAACCGCUCAAGGAAAGCGUCCACCCGAGCAAGGUCUGGUUCAGGAAGAUAAUCGAGAUAGUUUGGAAGCGAUCUAAUCUGCCGCUUGGUACAAAGGAGGUUGGCGAGGCAAGGCAGAAUAGAAGGAAGAGCAUUAAGGAGAAGAACGCGGAGAUGCUGGUUGAGGGCAUCAAUGUCAAUACCGAUGCGAGCGCCGAGGGGGAGGGUGCGGAGGAGAAAGAGGUUUUGGUGCAGAGGGGCGUGGACGAGAGGGAUAGGAAGAGUGUGGAAGUUACAGCGAGGGAGGUGAGGAGGAGCCGGAGGAGAGGAUAG